AAGGCUGAGCGGGGGUUCCCCAGGCGUCGGCCUCCCUUUCCCUGCCCCCUCCGGCCCGAGGCCAUGUCCACGGGCUCACUGAGCGAUGCCGAAGACCUUCCCGAGGCGGAGAUACUGGGCUGCUCCGGCAGCCUGAAAAUGGAUCGCUGCCGCUCGCCGUCCGCUCCACGCCAGAGCCCCGCCGAAGGCUCUGCCGGCGAACGGGGCUCCCUCGGCAAAGGCCGGGGCGCCGCGGCGGGCAAGGCGCGGAAGAAAACGCCGGGCAAGAAGAGUCCUCCGGGGACGGCGGGCCAGGAGGGCAAGCAGGUCCAGCGGAACGCGGCCAACGCCCGCGAGCGGGCUCGCAUGCGAGUGCUGAGCAAAGCCUUCUCCCGCCUCAAGACCACCCUGCCUUGGGUGCCGCCGGACACCAAGCUCUCCAAACUCGAUACGCUCCGCCUGGCCUCCAGCUACAUCGCCCACCUGAGGCAGAUCCUGGCCAGCGACAAGUACGAGAACGGCUACCUUCACCCCGUCAAUUUGACAUGGCCUUUUAUGAUUGCUGGCAAACCAGAGAAUGAGCUGAAAGAAGCAGUGAACACAACUCGGUUGUGUGGCCCUACUGCCUCCUGACCCAGGAUUUUCAAGCAUGAGAAAAGCACCCUUCUCUGUGGAUGAAUGCAUUUGUGCAUUGGGUAUACGGAACGGGUGGGGGAAGCAUUUCAAGGAGGCAACAAACUGUUUUCUCAUGGAACAAACAAAUCCUAAAACUGAAAAGAAGACCAAAUGUACUAUGCCAAAGGAAAGUGAAAC